CCUAACGGUUUUAGAAACUUUAACCUAUGCUGCAAUGUUGAGGCUGCCCAAGAGUUUAACCCAACCCAUGAAGAGAAAGUAGAACAAGCUGAGCUCAUCAUACUUGAACUUGGGUUAACAAGAUGUCGUGACAGCAUCGUGGGAGGGCCACUUAUGCGUGGUGUUUUGGGUGGGGUUGGAUGAGCCGACUUCAGGGCUAGACUCUACCACGGCUCUUCGGUUAAUGGCCACGUUGAAUGGGUUGGCUAGAGGAGGGAGGAGUGUGGUCACCACGAUCCAUCAGCCAUCAAGUAGGCUGUAUUGGAUGUUUGAUAAGGUUGUGGUAUUGUCUGAUGGCAGCCCAAUUUACUAUGGUUGUUCCGGUCAGGUUAUGGAGUAUCUUGCAUCCAUUGGGUAUGUGCCAGGGUUUCAUUUGAUGAACCCUGCUGAUUUUCUGCUUGAUCUUGCAAAUGGCAUCGUGACUAGCCCUACCGAAAAAAGGAUGGGCUUCUGGAGUGGCAACCUUAUUGUAGUGUGAAGUGUAGGAACAAAACCAAACCAAAGUUUAUGAAUCAUGUAGAUCCUAUACUUUCAAAUAGUGUUGUUGUUUUAACAAAAUAACCGCCAUCACCAUUCUAUCUGAGAGCCCUAACGUUGAAUGCCUUUCAACUGUUUCUGUGUGUACUAUUGCCGCUACAAGAUGGAGAAAAGUGUCGAAAUUGUGUAAGAGAGAGGAUUGGUCUUUCACAAGGGAUGCAACCCCUUAAAAAGCUAAAGUGUUGUUAAUGUAACAUGAGUUCUUUUAUUGC